AUGUACAGAAUUAAUUUAUUAAUGCCAGACACGUUAUUUAAGCUUGAUUUUAUAAAUUUAGAUAGGUUUUCUGAAUCAUUUACACUAGAUUAUUAUCUUUAUUAUCUCAAAACAUACACAGAAGAUUGUUAUUGUAUAUCAGAUAUGUCUGAUAUGCCUAUAGGUUAUGUUCUUAGUAAAUUGGAAUGUCAGGAUAAGUCUGUAUCUAUUUUUAACAAUCAUCUUAGUGCUAUUAGUGUAGCUCCUAACUAUAGAAGAUACAAAAUAGGGAGUAUAUUAAUGAAUAUACUUGAGGAUAAUGGUAAUUUAUAUAAUUGUAAGUUUGUAGACCUAUUUGUUAGAAUCUCCAAUAAAACAGGCAUAGCUUUCUAUAAAAAUAGGGGAUUUAUUGAAUAUAGACGCAUAUACGGGUAUUAUAAUGAUGAAGAGGAUGCAAUUGACAUGCGUAAAAGUUUAAAGCACGAUAAAGAAGGAUUUUUUACUAUGGAAGGGAAGGAUAUACAAACAAAUGAUUUAUAA